AUGGAUAAAUCGCAAGCUGAGCCGCACCCUAUACCCAUAGUAGAAGUAGUUCCAAAAGAUGGAAAACACGAACAUGCGUUCAUUUCAAUGUAUACUGACGCUUUGGACGAAAUUCUACUCCAGGAUGACAUCAAAGAUUGCAAUUGUGUAGUGCUUUCAGUUGCUGGUGCUUCACGAGGUGGAAAAUCGUUUCUUUUGAACUUUAUUCUUCGGUACCUGACAUUUCUGUGCACACCCGAUGACCAAAAAACUACCGAUAAUUGGUUAGGAAAUGAAGACGGUACUCUGGAGGGAUUUUCCUGGACUUACGGAUCGAAACGCAAUACAACUGGCAUUCUUAUGUGGUCGGAAAUAUUUCGUCUUACUCUACUAAAUGAUCAAAAGAUAGCUGUAAUUGUCCUGGAUACCCAAGGGAUAUUUGAUAGACGAAGUUCGUUUCGAGAAUCGAAUACAUUUUUCACCCUGAGUACAAUGUUAAGCUCAAUUCAAAUCUAUAACUUGAAUCGAGAUAUUCCAGAAGACGCUUUGCAGAAUUUGGAAUAUUUCAUCGAAUACGGAAAGUUGAUUGUUGAUACAGGGCAUACUCCUUUCCAAGAAUUACUUUUUCUCAUUAGAGACUGGAGUUGGAUCGCCCAGUACAAAUAUGGGUCAAAAGGCGGUCAGGAUUACUUAGAAGCAGAAGUAUUAAAAAUUUCAGACGAACAGCCUUUCGAACUACAAGCAUUGAGAGAAAAUAUCAAAAAAUGCUUCACCGGUAUCAGAUGCUUCUUGAUGCCACACCCAGGCUUAAAAGUUGUCCAGAAUGAAAACUUCAACGGAAGUUUGUCAGAUAUUGGAUCAGAAUUCAAGGAAAGUUUAGAAGAAUUUGUUCCGAUGUUGUUCCCCUCCGGAAAUUUAACACUGAAAGAGAUCUCCGGCAAGAAAGUUACAGUUGCUCAGUGGCUUGUGUAUUUUAAGUGGUACGUCGAACUGUUCAAUAGAGAAGAUUUACCUGAACCGAGGUCUAUGCUUAUGGCAACCGCAACAGCUGAAAUGGUAUUGACCGUGAAAUCUAUAAAAGAAGCUUACAACGAAGAAAUGGAAAUUGUUUCGGAAAACUAUACACCAUACAUGACGCCCGAAGAAUUAGAAUUCGAACACGAAAAUAGAAAAAAAAAGGCUCUGCGGAUGUUUGAUGAAAAACGUGUUAUGGGGGCGAAGUUCUCAGUGAGCCAUACAGAGUUGAAUUGGAAAAAGCCAUAGAAGCCGACUAUCAUCAAAUAAUUUUGAAUAAUGAACGCAAAGCGAAGGAUAGUAACCAAUCAGCAGUUACAGCUGGAAAAGAAACAUAUCAUAAGCACAUGAUGGUAAAGUACGAAAACGCUAAAUCAUUUCCAAGUUUGAAAGAACUCGAAAAAGAACAUAUCAAGGCGAAGGAAAAGUCUUUCGAUGAAUUUUGGAAAGGAUUUAGAGCUGGUGGCGACGUAUCUGAAAUGUAUGAAAACAUGUUAGAGCAAGAUAUUCAAAUCUACCAUGAUUGGUUUAAAAUGCAGUGUGAAGUUGAAGCAAACGCUGUUCAUGCAGCUGAAGUUGAUAGAAAAACCGUAGUCCGUGAUGUCAUAUUAGGUGCUAUAAAUGGCGCCGUUUUUGUCGGAAGUGCCGUCGGCGGCCCCUUAGGCCACGCUUUUGGCAUUGUAUGGGGUGGUAUAAUGGGUCACGGAGUAAAUGCCUUUACGAGGACAUCGUAUUCAUCAAUAUUUCGCCGAUGAGUACCUACUUAAAUAGGCUAUGUUAUGUUCAAUAUUACAUAUUAUAAUAAAUAAGUCAAAUUGUCAUUAUUACAUUUAAUUAUCAUGUCAAAUCUUAUAUUAUGCCGUAGCUCACGUAUGCUUUUCUACCAAUAAAUACCUACCCAGUG